GUAUAAAUGGGGAACUGUUGUGACUCAAGAGGAGACCAAGCAGGAGUCCGGCUCUUCUGUUUAGGAAAUGAUGAUCCCAGUGUUUUGAAAUUUGAUAGCUCAAUGAGUAUCUCUGAAGAAGAUAAUCAAUCUCCGAGGAGGGAGCAAAGAAGAAGAUUGGGUGAUCCAAAAAUAAGACAUGCGACACUGGCAGAAUCAACACGGCAAAAUCAAGACCAAGAGAAAUCUCAGAUACAUGAGCAAAUGGUCAAAGAAGAGAGGUCGAUAGAGAAAGAGCAUAAAGAUCAGAUAGCGGACAGAAGAAUGUCGGCAUCUAGUGAAGAGCAGAUGGCUCCUGAUUCUAUUAAACCUACUACUCACAAGGGUCUAUUGGCUCACUUAGUAGAACAAACAUAUCUAAACGAUAAUGAUAAAUGAAAUUUUGUAAUAAUGCAGAAGAAUAUCCACCAAAAGGUUGAAAUUGAUCCUACUUACCACAAAUUAAAAGGGAUCUCUGAACAAGCUAUAUAUAAAGCACUGAAGAGCUUUGAUAAAUAAGUUCAAGCGGGAGAACGGUACAAUUAAAGGCAGGCAUCUUAAAACAAGGCAGAAAAGGUGUAAAAAUGAAAAUUCUGGAUCGAACGAUAUGAGCAAGGGAAAUAGUCAUAAGAAUGGCUCGGGAGUCAUACAUCCAGCCCUUACUAACCAUAUAAACCCAAACUACAGCUAUAACUAUCAUUAUAGCCAUGAUAGGGGAAGGGAUUCAAGCGAUGAGAUCAUGCGAGAUGAUUCUCCAACGACGUAUCUGAGGAAUAUUGGCAUGGGUGAUUGAGAAAAGGGGCCAAAUAGCUUCUUCCAACUUUCUGAGCAUGAAAAGCUUCAGGAGCAUGCCUAAAUGCUAACACCUAACUUUAUAAUGUUUCCUUUAUGCAAGGGUUCUUGCAUCUUAGGAUGAACUUUAAAUAAUAGAGCGAACCGCAUUUUAUAAAUUAUUUUAUUU